AUGUCGGCUCCCGGACGUCUGGACGAAAAGAUGGACAUCAAGGAGGACGGGGUGACAAACGAUGUCCACGACCUGGACUCCGUAGAAUAUGGCUCGCAAGGCAAGAACGCCGGCCAAGGUGCAGAGUCGAGCGCUGCUCCGGUCGAGACGACCCUGAUCAAGGGCAACGAGAUUGUGCUCAUCCCGCAGCCGACCACCGAUCCACACGACCCUCUCAACAUGCCAGAGUGGCGAAAGUGGGCGGUGCUUAUCGUCUUGGGCUUCUUCUCGAUCUUCAGUGUGCUCGUCUCGUCCGGCAUGGGUGCUUUCACGGGCCUCAUGUUCAAGGAGUACCGCGGCGACAAGCGCGUGCCGGAUCUGCUCGUCUAUCCGACCUUGUUCAUGGGUCUUGGCAACAUCGUCGGCAUCCCCGCUGCCAUCGCCAUUGGUCGUCGACCAGUGCUAAUCUUCUCGUCGCUGCUGCUUGCCUUCACCUCGUUGGGCUGUGGCUUGAGCCAGUCAUUCGACUCCCACUUUAUCGUUCGCGCGUUCAUGUCGCUCGCCGCCGGUCAGUCCGAGGCUCUGUGCCCUCUGAUCGUCCAGGAGAUCAACUACCUUCACGUGCGCGGCAACCGCAUGGCUGUCUUUUCGGGCAUGCAAACCACCGGGUUUGCCGUCAUGAUGAUCGCCACCGGUCACAUCACCACCGACCUUGGUUGGCGAUGGUGGUACGGCAUCGUUGCCAUCGUCUCGCUCGUCGUUGCGAUCGGCGCCAUCCUGAUUGUGCCCGAGUCGCGCUACCAGCGUGACGAGGCGAUGGUGCCGUCGGAGGACAUCGACUCGCGCGUGCCCAUCUUCUACACGGACAAGCGCAAGCCGUCGCUCGACACGGCGACGUACGGCGAAUAUACGUAUGCGUCGACGCUGCGUGUCUACGUGGGGCCGAGCCGCUUUGGCGAGGCUGCACGCUGCCUGUGGUCGGCGGUGCACGUCAUGGCGUAUCCAAAUGUGUUCUGGCUGAUGCUGAUGAACUCGCUGGCGCUGUCGGCGUACAUUGUCAUGACCACCGAAUACGCCGGUGCGUUGGGCUCGCCGCCGUACCGCUUCAGCUACGACGCCAUCGGAUACGUCAUGGCUGCACAGCUCAUCACGGCCGUCAUCUUUGUUCCACUGCAAGGCAUGGGCGGCGACUGGCUGGUCAGGAGGCUGGCUGCGCGCAACGGAGGCAAGACGCGACCCGAGCAUCGCCUCAUCCCGCUCAUCAUGCCUGUCGGACUGGCGGUGGCGUCGUGCAUCAUCUAUGGCCGAACGCUCGCCGACCCGUACUCUUGGCACUGGACGGGCAUCGCGAUCCCGAUGAACGCCGUCUACUUUACGUUUACGGCUGUGAUCCUGUGCUCGUACACGUACUCGAUCGAUGCAUACCCGGACCGCGCCGGCGCCAUCCUGUUGCUCUACUGCGCCUCCCGAGGCAUUGUGAGCUUUGGCGUUUCGCUCUCCACCGUCGACUUCCUGGAAAAGGCAGGACCGCGCGGCGCGUUCAAUGUGCUUGCCAUCCUGUUUGGCAUUGUGUCUGCGUUUGGCAUCCCCUGCUACUUCUUUGGUCCUGCCGUGCGCCGCCUGACUGCAAGGUACUAG